AAACCAAAGGCAAAGGAGAGGAACUGCAUGGUUUUACUCGAGUUUACACGUCCCAGCAGUUAAGCAAAGCCUUCACACACCAGACAUGGCUUCAGCCGGAAGUCUAAUAGCUGAUGAUGAUUUUCUUUGUUCGAUUUGUCUGAGUGUCUUCACUAAGCCUGUGUCAAUCCCCUGCGGGCACAACUUCUGUUUUGACUGUGUCACAAAGUUCUGGGACUCUAGCGAUCCUAAAUGCCAAUGUCCACUGUGUAAGGAGGCAUUUCCCAGCAGACCGAUGCUUCGGGUGAACACAACCAUGGCUGAGCUGAUUGAAAAGUUCAAAAAAACAACCCAAGAAAAAUCCUCUGCUACCAUUGAAGAAAAACAAGCAGGAGAAGUUCUGUGUAGUAUCUGUGAAGGGGCAAAGCUCCCAGCCCUGAGGUCCUGCUUGGAGUGUGUCAUGUCUUACUGUAAAACGCAUCUGGAGCCUCAUCAGAGAAUUGCCACCUUGAAGAAGCACACGCUGAUCAACCCAGUGGAGGACCCGGAAAGCAGGCUGUGUGACAAGCAUGGCAAGCCUCUGGAGAUGUUUUGCAUGGAAGAUAAAAGUUUUAUCUGUCGGGUCUGUAACAGCAGUAACCAUAAAACCCAUAGGACAGGGACCAUAGAGGAGGCAGCUCAAUUGCUAAAAACCCACCUUGGAUUGAAGAAGAGUGAGAGGGAUCAGAUGAUCGAGAAACGUCAGCAGAAAAUUGAAGAGAUUGAAAACUCAUUGGAGGCUAGCAGAACUAACGCAGUGAUGACGCUGUCCAGCACCGUGAGCGCGGUGAAUGAUGUGGUGGACUACAUUAAGAGGAGCCUCGUCGAGUUUACUGAGGUUAUCGAGGCAAAGCAGGAAAAAAUUGAAACUGAGGCAAAAGGAUUAAUUCAAGAACUGGAUCUUGAAAUUGUGCAAAUAAAGCAGGAAACUACUCAGCUCGAUGCACCGACUGUCAAAGACCCCUUCAUGUUCAUUAGAAACUUCCGUUCUCUUAGCAUCACUCUGCCCAAGGUGAAGGACUGGGCCGGUGUGACUCUUAAAUGUCACCCGUCUCCAGCGCAGGGAGCCAGGCUGAGGGCAACACUCAUGAGAGACAUGAGUAUGCUGUGUGAUCCUGACUUGAUAGAAAAGCAGCAGCAUGCUGUAGAUGUAACUCUGGAUCCUGACACAGCAAACCCCCAACUCAGACUUUCUGCAGACAGGAAGAGAGCCGCACACGGAGACAGAAUAAUGAAACAUACAAACGUCCCGGAGAGGUUUGACCAACUCUUUGCUGUCCUGGGAAAAGAAGGAUUCUGCUCAGGAAAAUUUUACUACGAGGUCCAAGUUAAGGACAAAACCAAAUGGAGUCUAGGAGUUGUGAACCAUUCCAUCAAAAGAAAGGGCGAAAUAAAACCUAGCCCUGAGAACGGUUACUGGACCAUUUCUCUGAGAAAGGGAACUGAGUUUACAGCCAAUGUAAACCCUGCCGUCAACCUCCAUCUGAGCGAGAUGCCUCAAAAGGUCGGAGUGUUUGUCGACUACAAGGAGGGUGAAGUCUCCUUCUACAAUGUGGAUACCAGGGCGAACAUCUUCUCCUUCACUGGAUGCAACUUCACAGAGGAGCUCUUUCCAGUCUUCAGCCCCGGUCUUAACGAUGGCGGCAGAAACUCCGCCCCUUUGAUCAUUACUUCCGUCACACACAACGCCUGAGUUUGUUUUCCAUGAUGACGAGAAGAAGAAAAAAAAGAAAGAUAGAAGAAUGUUGAAAUGUUUUCACCCGUCAAACUGCAUUGUGCAAUUCUGGUUUGUCUCAUCCAUCAGUGCCAGGACUGUGUGUCAGUGUGCGUCACCUGUCACUCUAACAGCUGUAGAUCUCCAACAGAGUCUCCAUGAAGUCAACAGGACAUCCACUUAAUCUUCAUGAGCUGGACACUAUAAAAGAUGCUCUUACACACUAACACCUGAGCUGCAGAUUAUUGAUGACAUAAUGGAUGGGUUUAAAGGACAUUUGUCAGUCAGUUUUUCUCAGAGAAUUAUUUUCCCCACAAAUCAAUGUGUUCAAUUAAAAACGUGAUUGUUUAAUUGAACCUGACUCACACAUGGUGCCUUGUCCUCUGAUUGGAAUUAGCCAAACCUGCGAGGUGCAGGAUAAAGUCAAAUGGGGUAAAUCUGCCUAAAUGGGGUUUUCAGUAACAUUUUAUCAAACAGAGCGAAUUAAAGUCUGCUUUUCUUUCUUUUUAAACAGCUGUGUUGUUACAGUUGGAUCUUUAUUGAGAAUGUUUCACUUAUUUCAUUUUUAUCGAACAAAGAAAAGGGAUUUUUGAAUGAUGUGUUUUUCUUACUUAAAAAAAAAAAUGUAUUGCUUUUCUAAAUGAUCAAUCUGAUUCUGAUAUUUAACACCUGAUUGGACGUUGUAGCUUUAGUUUGUGCUCAUGUGCUGUGUUGGAGUGGAUACUGUGCAGACAGGAAACUGUUAAAUACUGUUGUGUGUUGAAUAAGUAUGUGAUGUCCCCCAUUUGACAUGUAUUCACUAAAGAAAAGAUAAUAAUAAAGGUGGUUUAGGAAGUUGUGA